AUGAUGAAGCUGAUGGCGGCACCUUUUGCUCUGCUAUUGGAGGAGGAGUUGACACUCCUGAGCAGUGUCUGUGUCAGAGUGGUCUCAGAGCAGCACCUGCAUCUACUAGAGCUGGCGGUCCAUGAAUGUGACCCACCCCACAGGCUUCAGGGGAUAACCAAGCUGGAAGCUGGAGAAAUUCAAAGUACCUGGGUUUUUCAACAGCUUGGAGGAAGCAUGCAUUCGCUCACCAGCCCUACAACAAAACGGAGCCCGAGCCAUCCUGGAGAGGAUGCAGUGGUGUCUUUUGCUGAUGGAGGAUGGGUAGCCAAAGAAGAAGGAAAGUGUUCAGCAAGACAAAGGACAGAGGUCAGAUCAAGGGAGUCUCUUCAGAAUGACCUUCCUUUCUUUGAGAAGCUGCCAAGCAGGCAGUGUUCCUUACCAAACCUGUCUCCAGAAGAGCUUCCACAGAAGACAGCACUAGCAAAUGAGGAGGCAUUGCAGAAGAUCUGUGCCCUUGAAAAUGAACUUGCUGCUCUCAGAGCUCAGAUUGCCAAAACUGUGACCCAGCAAGAACAGCAACAUGUCAUUCCAGGUGACUUAGAUCCUACCACAUCUGUUACUACACCACCAUCCUGUCCCUCUCCCGCCCCCACCUCCCCCAACCCUCCCCCAUCGGGGCUCCCAACCUGAUGAAAGAGCGAAGAGAGAAAAAAAACCUGUGCUGGAAAGACCUUGGUUAAGAACAGUCCAAAGAAACCUGAUAUGACAAAUACGUUAGAGAUCCUUAAAGAUAUGAACAGUGUAAAAUGUCAGUCAGUGAAAAGUUCAGAACAGGAAAUAAAGCCCAAACCGGUGAAUGCUACGGACACUGCUGCCCUCCUACCAGGGGCUCUGAAAAAGGCAUUUGCCUAUCGAUAUCGAAGCCAUAGUCAAGGUGAAAUCCAAAACCUGCAUCAGAGGCCACCUCAGAACAGAGUGCUAUUGGGGCCACACAUGUCGAAGUCUACAGGAAAAAUGAAGGCUUUAAUUGAAAAUGUUUCAACUUCCUACUAGACAGUGAGCAGAGAAAAACUAUCCUUGUUCCAGCUGUUGGUUUGUUAGGGCUGUUUGACGAGUGGAAAUCAACACAAUUUAGUAAAUACCUGAAUUUAGUAUUCAGUGGUCUCCUUU